AUGGCUAAUGUCCGUUCUCCACGACUGGGUAAUGACCGCUGGUCCCUCUUCCUUCGCCAGAAGCAUCUACAGGACCAGCUUCGGAGACUCAGAAACGAUUUCAAGGGAUGCUACUGCCCACCUAGAUGUCGAAGAGGCAUGCAGAAUCACGUCACCGUCGAUCCUACGUCGCUGCCCGGCCCCAUGCGGCCCUUGCAUGGCCCAUAUGUGGCUGCGGAUAGUGGAUUGCCUCGCACACGUGCCAGACCAGAGGAGCGGAGACAUCCUAAUAUCGUAGUUAUGGCCGAGGCACGAGGCACAUCAGACAUACUACUCCACCGCAGUAGAAUCAGGGCUACACUACGAAUGUCGCUGCAGGUCUAUGAGGACCCGAUUCCCACGGGACGGAGGGGUUAUUUCGGGGAGAUGUUUCUAACGCGCCCGGGCCAAGAGGAGCAAUUCAUAGGCUUCAUUCACGCCUGGCAGAUGGGCCGGACUUCAGAUGAUUGGAUAGAUCUAUUACUGGGCGAGUGGGGGGAGAGAUUUGGUGACCCCUUAUCAGACAUGCGAGUCUUCUUCAGUAGGCUCUUUGCAAGGCCCGACCUCGAUGAGCAAAUUACGGCAGACCGGAAUGGGAAUAUCCUCCCACGCCCUCCACUUCGGCAAGACUUUGCCGCACCUUGGGCGAGGCUUAAUGACAAUACUGACGUCGUUUAUAUACAAAUGAUUUGGUUAGAUGACAGCGUUACAGGACAGCGCAUCAUCGACCAAGGCUUCGAUUUGUUUUACAGGUUAAUGGCGGGUGGGACACUUCCAGAACCAUACAAUCUCAACGGCCCGCUUACCAUUUUGCUGGAGCCGGGUUUACUGGGAUCAGCAUAUCGCAGCAAUUGGACCUCUUCGAUAAAUCCGGGUCUGGAAAUGACGUUUUCAGAGAGGAUCAGGACUGUAGGACGGGCAUACGAGAGGAACGGGUUCUUAUACUUGAACCAAGAAGAGGACGAAGAAUUAAUGGGUCGCAGGGUCGACCCGCGGGACCACCCAGCGGCCCCCGGCGACGUGGCCAUCAUGCCCCCGGACCCGCCCGAUACGGACCUCCAGACUCCUACACCGGAGCGACUCAAGCGAGGCCGAAUACGCUCGCGCUCACCAGAAUCACCGUUGCAGGAUAGGACAGAGGGGUCGAGCUCGUCUUCCUCAGACUCGUCUGCUUCGAGCACUUCUUCCUCGUCCUCGUCCGCAUCCACACGGAGGUUAUUAUCAAGGACUUUCCCUUCUUACCAGGCAACAGCCAUCAUCCCUUACGGCUUCACCCAUGCACAACUUCUGACGCUCAAUUGCCGUCUUGAAACCUGGGAGUUGGCCUGGCGGCUCGGAAGUAGACUCGAGAAGGAAAUCGCCCGCCGAGGUUGGCUGAUCAACCUGCCGGGCGUACUACGAGACACCGGAAAGCCCUGGCGAUCGAACCGGACAAUGGAGUCUACCAUGGCAGCACUCAACAAAAAGGCAGCAGAAACCAUCUAUACUCCCCUAGAGCCGGGGACUAUCCGACUCGUACAUCUUCAUCCCGCCUCCGACUUGAAUGCCGACGUCGGGAGCCAGGACGACCCCAGAGAAAUCCGCCUCAACGGAACGACUGUACUCGUUACACAAAACCUGUACAAGGCUUUGCGUCGUUUACGGUUGCAACACGAGAGCCGCGUGAUCUGGGUCGACGCCUUGGCUAUCAACCAAUCUGAUAUUGCUGAGCGAAAUGUAGAGGUGCAAGUGAUGAGGGACAUAUACUCGAGCGCUUACGAGACACUUGCCUGGCUCGAUAAGAGUCUGGGCGAAGACGGGGAAUCACGCCUAUCCACUUGGACUGAGCCCGGCUACUGCCCAUCGUCCCGAGUGAAAUCCAGGGACCCUAGAGAGACCCUCUCCGCAAUCGCCAGGCAGCGUUACUGGAGCAGGAUCUGGACAGCCCAGGAGGCCUUCCUGCUUACCACGGGCACGCUCGACUUUCUCGGCUUGUCAAAUCUAUUUGAUUACACAGAGGCCGCUACUCUGCCAUCGUGGGACCCAGAACUAUAUUUCAGGGGUCCUUAUAAGGCCAGUGGGGAGCUCAGGUGCUUGCCCGAACUGUUGCGCCUUGAUCAUGACCGCCGAUGGAGCCAGGCCAUCUUCACCAGGGUAUCAAAAGAUCUCCGGACGCUUCACGUCAAGGGGAAUCGUGUAGGAAAAGUAACUAUGGCGGCUGCGAAAAUGACAGAUGCCGCGUUCGGCCCUGAGAAACACGCCUUUGCCUUCACCUUCGCUACUAUGGAGUCUCUGCAGGUGAAAGUGGAGGAGGCUGAGAGGUUUUCAUUUGCUGUCAGACCCCUCGAUGGUGGCAACGACACGAACCUACCUGAAGAAAUCGCUCGAGUCGCGGAGUUCUUGCAAUCAACAAAUUCGGAAAAGGCCAUGAUCAAAGACGACAUCCUUGAUAUUAAGGCCAGAUACCGCCGUAAAGAGGCCCUUUGGGGAACCACGAAUCUACACAUCCGUCAGCAUUUCUCCGUCAUACGCCUGGAGGCAGACGUGUCCGUUGCGACUGGUGGGGAGAAAGCUCGGGCGUUGUUUGGGCUGCUGUGGUACACGACCGCCAAGCCGGGUGACGAGGUGUAUCUUGUGCGAGGCUGCUCUCGCGCGUUGCUCCUUCGACCCGAGGACAGAGACCCGGGAAAGCACAAAUUAAUUGGCUCCAUCUUCUUUCCGGGGCCAGAGGGAAUGGAGGACCCUUUUAUCGAUGAGCUGCUCACUAAGCCUAAUAGUCCGGCGACUGACAUCUUUAUCUGCUGA